AUGGCAAGCUCGCACACGGUUCCAUUCAAGCCACAGCUAUUCGCUGUCAAGUCGGUCGCAGCCACCGUCCGCAAGAUAUGGCGCGACUUCAAGAGCGGGUCGAUGACAUCCAAGAAGAAAGGGCGUGUCGGACCGAAACCUUGCCACACCCCGGCUGAGGUCACCGAAAUCGUUCGUAGCGUGCCGGCCCGCGAUCGCAGCACCAUGCACCAUAUGGCAUCCUUGACGAAGAUUUCCGUAAGCACUCUUUGCCGCCACUUGAAGUCUGGGACGAUCAACCGUCGAUCGUACCGACUCAAAACGCUACUGACUGAUAGCCACAAAUUCGAGCGGCUGACAUUCUCUAGAGCCCACGUAAACAUUCAGUUGGAUGCCAUGAAUGAUUACAUCAGCAGUCGCGCCAGAGACGCUGCCAGCGCGGUCGAAUCCUGCGAACCCGACGAAUCCCCUGGGCCCGCCGAAUUUGACUUCUCCGACAUGUGGGACGUGGUGCAUCUCGACGAAAAUUGUUUUAAUGCUGACAAGGACUGCCGGAAUACUUAA